AUGGAUAGGGAGGUUGAGAGCAGGAGCAGGAUGCCGCGUCCGUACCAUUAUCAGGAGCCAACAGGUGGAGCCGCUCUGUUUCCGGUUUCCGCCUUCUCCGCUUUUCACCUACUACGGAACUAUAAUUAUCUAUUACCAGAAAUUCCGAAGAUCGGUUACCAUCACAAUGAGAGGUUUUCUCUACAUGAUGUUCAUGAGCCGUCGUCGCCGAAGGAACCCAUUGAUCUUGGAAAGACUUUGCUUAGUGGUUUACCACCUCAUCCAAUUAUAUCCCCAAAUUUAUUUGGUUACCACCACAGUUUAUCUCCGCUGCAUCCUAUUGGGAAUACAAGUCCGCAUGGUAAGUCCGCGUUGGGUUCGGAAAGUGAUGCGAAACGGCAUAGGGGUGAGAAGAAACCUAUUCCUGAGGAGCAGAAGGACGAAAAGUACUUCGAGAGGCGACGUCGGAACAAUCAGGCGGCAAAAAAAUCAAGGGAUGCCAGGAAAAUUAGAGAAGAUCAAAUUGCGUUGAGAGCGACGAUCUUGGAGCACGAAAAUGCGAUCCUGAAGGCGCAGAUCCUUACGUUGAGAGAGGAAGCCACGUCGCUGCGUCAAAUGUUAAUGGAAAAGAAGGCGACGGAAAUAACGAUAACGUGA